CCCAUGAGUUACUCACCCCCAAGCUGUCCGAGUUGCAUAUGUCCAUCGUUUUUCAGACAAACACAUUUUCGGAUAUUUUAGAAAAUAUUUUAGAUCUUUCUGUUCAUUAAAUGUAAUGUUACGGGGUCCAGCAAUAGUCCACGACCUUCAAGUCCAAAAAAGUGCGUCCAUCCUUCACAAAUUAAAUCCAAACGGCUCCAGGAUGAUAAACAAAGGUCUUCUGUGGGUAAUCCGUGCGGUGUUGUUGUAGAAAUAUCCAUAUUUAAAAUGUUAUUAACGUUAUAAACUACCUUCCGGUAGCACCGCCAUCUUAGACUCAGGAGAGAGUAUUAGCGUAGUGUACGCACUUUUCUUAGUGACGUAUGACAAAUUCGGAGGGCGGGGGCACAGAGCAGCAGCAGAGAAACUCUGUACGCUGCGUAAGCUCUCAUCCUGAAUGCGCAUCACUCCAAGAUGGCGGCGCUACCGGAAGGUAGUUUAUAACGUUAAUAACAUUUUAAAUAUGGAUAUUUCUACAACAACACCGCACUGAUUACCCACAGAAGACCUUUGUUUAUCAUCCUGGAGCCGUUUGGAUUUAAUUUGUGAAGGAUGGACGCACUUUUUUGGACUUGAAGGUCGUGGACUAUUGCUGGACCCCGUAACAUUACAUUUAAUGAACAGAAAGAUCUAAAAUAUUUUCUAAAAUAUCCGAAAAUGUGUUUGUCUGAAAAACGAUGGACAUAUGCAACUCGGACAGCUUGGGGGUGAGUAAAUCAUGGGUUUAAUAUCGUUUUUGGCCGAACUAUCCCUUUAAGGUUACCAAUAAGGCAUUAAUAUCCUUAGGGGAACAACUAUGCAACCAAUAGAAAUACAUGACAACAUAUACUGAAUCAAUUUUAGUUAGAGGUUAGCGGGUAAAUAAGUUGUAGGUAUCUUUUUAGAAAACCAAAUGGAAGUUAAAAUAUUAGGAUGAUGGAAACAUUUGAAAUCAACAAAAAUGUUUAUCAGGACUUACGUUACAAAACAAUGCUGAAUUUACAACUGGGAGAUGGGUAGUUAAGUACCUCUGAUGAUGAUGAAGAUGAGGAAUAAGCUUCAUAUUUUUCAUGCUUUACUUCGUGUUUAUAUUUUUAGUAAUUAUGUUUUAUUUGGUUUUUGGUUUUCUUUGCUUUUAUUUUGUUGACUUUUAACUUUACAAUAUAUUCUACAUUAACACCAGGGAACCAACUUUGAAGGAAGUUGUAGAAAUCGUCAAAGCUGCUAGAACCGGCCCAGGAUACAUCACUGAUGAUGUGUCUGAGUUGCACCAGAGGUGUAUUGCAAAACUAUUUCAACUGGUGAAGCCAGUGACCUCCGGGAACAGUCCGGAUGACAACCAUGAAAAGUAUGGAGACUGCUGGAGAGACAGCUGGCAACUGGGAAGACAGUAAAAACCGGGGCAGCGAGGGUCAGCAACCCAGACUGCAGCUUCCGUGAGGAUGCACCCAUUAAAAGCUACGAAAACCCCUAAUGAAUUAUACCCCCAGGGGUGCCCGAGAGGGGGGGAGAAUGAGCACCCCAACAGGACGGAUAUACAGGUAAUGACCAAUGCUUAUGGAGAAACGACAAUGAGUGCAGCCUGCAUAUGUGGCAAAGUCUGCAAGAACCGGCAUGGCCUGAAGAUCCACCAGGCCAAAAUGAAAUGCUUGAGGGAGAAGCAAGUGGAGCAACGCACAGGUCUAGCACCUGGUGAGACGCAGGAGGAGCCCGGCCCGGAGUCACCCCACAGUGCCCAGAACCUCCACGCCCCACAAGCCUCAACCCAAAUCAGACAUUCCGAACACCGCCGGGUCAAGUGGCCUGCUGCAAACAAGGAGGGAGAGUGGCUCAAGUUUGAUGAGGACCUGAACCAAGUCCUUGAAGCUACUGCGAGGGGGAAUGCAGACCAGAAGUUGAGAGCUAUGUCAACAAUGAUCAUUAGCAUCGGAGCUGAAAGGUUUGGCGUUAAGAAACAUCAACUGGCCAGAAGUGUGGCAGAGCCAAACCGACGGGAAGUGAAGAUUAGCCAGCUAAGGAGUGAGCUCAGACUGCUUAGGCGGCAGUUUAAGGCGGCAAGGGAUGAGGAAAAGGCUGGUUUGGCAGAACUCCGCCACACCCUAAGGAAAAGGCUAACCACCCUCCGGCGAGCGGAGUGGCAUAGGAGGCGGGGUAAAGAGAGAGCCAGGAAACGCGUCGCCUUUAUCUCUAACCCGUUUGGUUUUACAAAGAAGAUCCUCGGGCAGAAAAGAAGUGGCCAGCUCGAGUGCACUGAAGAAGAGGUUAAUAAGCACCUCAGUGCCACCUACAGUGACAGCGCAAGAGACAAAGAUCUCGGGCCAUGUAAGAAGCUGAUAACUCCGCCAGAACCCACCUCGACAUUUAACACCAGGGAACCAACUUUGAAGGAAGUUGUAGAAAUCGUCAAAGCUGCUAGAACCGGCUCGGCACCAGGCCCGAGUGGAGUGCCGUACGUCGUCUAUAAGAGGUGCCCCAGACUCUUGGAGAGGUUAUGGAAACUGAUUAAGGUCAUCUGGAGGAGAGGGAAGGUGGCGCAGCAGUGGCGACAUGCAGAGGGUGUCUGGAUCCCGAAGGAGGAGAGCUCGAGCACCAUCGAGCAGUUCAGAGUCAUCUCGCUCCUUAGUGUUGAGUGCAAGAUCUUCUUCAGCAUUCUUGCCCGACGCCUGACAGACUUCCUCCUGAGGAAUGCAUAUAUUGAUACCUCUGUGCAGAAGGGGGGAGUCCCAAAGAUUCCAGGAUGCAUUGAGCAUACAGGAGUUGUCACCCAGCUGUUACGUGAAGCACGUGAAGGCAAAGGGGAUCUUGCAAUCCUCUGGCUUGAUCUUGCCAAUGCCUACGGGUCAAUCCCGCAUAGACUGGUAGAAACCUCACUCGACCGACAUUACGUUCCAGACAAAAUCAAGAACCUCAUACUGGACUAUUACAACUCUUUCAGUUUGAGAGUCACCUCAGGAGCGGAAAAAUCUGCAUUUCAUCGGCUGGAGAAGGGCAUUAUCACUGGAUGUACAAUUUCUGUGAUAUUGUUUGCCUUGGCAAUGAAUAUGCUGGCGAAGUCAGCAGAGGUGGAGUGCAGAGGCCCAAUUACCAAGUCAGGCAUACGGCAGCCCCCCAUCAGAGCAUUCAUGGAUGAUCUGACGGUGACCACAACAUCAGUCCCGGGGUGCAGAUGGAUCCUCCAAGGGCUCGAGCACCUCAUCAAAUGGGCUCGGAUGGACUUUAAGCCAGCCAAGUCCAGGUCCCUGGUAGUGAGGAAAGGUAAGGUUACAGACCAGUUCCGUUUCACACUAGGAGGCAUCCAGAUACCAUCUGUUCGAGAAAAGCCAGUCAAGAGCCUAGGCAAGAUCUACGACUGUUCCCUGAAGGACACCGCAGCAAUUCAGACGACCACUAACCAGUUGGGAAGCUGGCUGAUGGCUGUGGACAAGUCAGGUCUGCCAGGUAAAUAUAAAGCCUGGAUUUACCAGCAUGGCAUCCUGCCCCGACUGCUCUGGCCAUUGCUGGUCUAUGAUGUUCCAAUCACCACCGUUGAAGGCUUUGAGAGGAAAGUCAGCAGUUUCCUGCGGAAGUGGCUAGGGCUACCAAGGAGUCUCAGUGACAUUGCCUUGUACGGUAGGAAGAACAAGCUAAAACUGCCUUUCAGUAGUUUGAAGGAAGAGUUCAUGGUAACCAGAGCAAGAGAGGUGCUACUUUACAGAGACUCCAGUGACAUCAAAGUCUCUUCAGCAGGCAUAGAAGUUAGAACUGGCAGGAAGUGGAAGGCCCAUGAGGCAGUAGAGCAGGCUGAGUCACGGCUGCGACAUGGCGAGCUGGUAGGAGCGGUGGCAUCUGGACGGGCAGGACUCGGGAGCAACCCAACACCUCGCUUUAACAAGGCCCAGGGAAAAGAAAAGCGGCAGCUGAUUCAAGAUGAGGUCCGAGCAGGGGAGGAGGAAUCCCGCGGCAGCAGAGCAGUAGGGAUGCGGCAGCAGGGGGCAUGGACCCGAUGGGAGCAGGCGGCGGAGCGAAGGAUAUCAUGGGCAGAAUUGUGGAAGUCGGAGCCACACCGAAUCAAAUUUCUGGUUAAGUCUGUCUAUGAUGUCCUCCCUAGCCCAUCCAAUCUAUUUCGCUGGGGCUUGUCAGAUACACCUUUGUGCUCACUCUGCAAGAGAGGAGGGUCAUUGGAGCACAUCUUGAGCUGCUGUCCCAAAGCACUGGGGGAUGGGCGCUACCGUUGGCGCCACGACCAAGUGCUGAAGGCCAUAGCAGAGGUUAUCAGCACUGGGAUCAUAGACAGCAGACACCAGCGACCAAUAAGGCAGAACAUCACCUUUGUUAAAGCCGGGGAGAAGCCACAUCAGCACAUGAAACAAACAGGGGGGCUGCUCGCAACAGCACAGGACUGGCAGCUGAAUGUCGACCUAGGGAGACAGCUCAAAUUCCCAGAGAACAUGGCAGUGACCACGCUCAGGCCAGACAUAGUCCUGGUGUCGGAAAAAACACGGCAAGUGGUCCUGCUGGAGUUGACGGUCCCCUGGGAAGACCGGAUGGAGGAGGCGUUUGAGAGGAAGAGGGCAAAAUAUGAGGAACUGGCAGCCGAAUGCCGAAGCAGGGGGUGGAGGACAAGAUGCAAUCCCAUCGAGGUUGGGUGUAGAGGCCAGUCACUCAUCAGGGCCCUCAAGAUGCUUGGAGUGAAGGGACUGCACAGUAGGAAAGCCAUUAAGAACAUCACGGACGUCGCUGAAAAGGCGUCAAGAUGGCUGUGGAUCUGA